AUGCUAAAGAAUAUUGGAGUUGGUUAUAAUCAAAUUACCAUAUUCUAUCAGAGAAUAGGUAAUGGAUGGAGAGCUUUGGAAAAUGAUCAACAUGCUAUGGACUUGAUAAAAUGGGUUGACAAGGUUAAAGUGAUUGAUGUAUAUAUGGAACAUAUUAGGCAAGAAUUGUUCAAUCAUAGUCAAGCAGAUUCAAAUUGUGGUCCAUCAGAAAAAAGAUUUGGGAGCCAAAAUAUACAUGUGUUUGAACAGGAAACCAAUUUAUGGGGUCCUAGGGUUCCCACUGAGAGUUAUAGGUCCUCUGAAAGUGAUGUUUUUGAUAGUGAUUCAUAUUCCAAGGGUUCAGAUUCUGAGUUUGAAGAUAUGUAUGAUAGUNUAUGGGGUCCUAGGGUUCCCACUGAGAGUUAUAGGUCCUCUGAAAGUGAUGCUUCUGAUAGUGAUUCAUAUUCCAAGGGUUCAGAUUUUGAGUUUGAAGAUUUGUAUGAUAGUGAAUAUGAUGUAUAUGAUGAAUAUUUGCAUGAGACAAUUGUUGAGAGUGACAAAGGUGAAAGGUUUGACAAACCAAAAAGGAAAGGGGUUCAGAUUGAGAUAGAGACAAUACAAGAGCAUGAAUGUGGCGUAGGAGCACCGGUUACGCCAUCAAUUGGUGUCAACACAUCUGCAUUCUCAAUUGCAAGAGCAAAAGUGAAGUUGCCAGUUCGGAGGAAAAAAAUUUCAACAACACCAGCUUCAUCAGCAUCAACAUCUAUACCAGUAACAUCAUUUGUGCUUGCAACAUCAUGUAUACCAACACCAGCACCAUCACACAUGAAAUGGAGGUCACCAGCUUCAUCAUCAACAACAUGGAGGCCACCAACACCAUCUUCAUAUGCAACACCAACUUCAUCAUCAACAUCAUGGAGGCCACCAACACAAUGA